GGUCUGGGGGCGGGGCCUUAGCCAGUCUCUGUGGCUACCGGUCCUUUAGAGGCUCCGAAACUUUCUGGCCGUCCACUACAGCGCCCAGCCACCCUCCAGUGUCCACCAUGCCCGGUCCGACCCCCAGUGGCACUAACGUGGGUUCUUCAGGGCGCUCUCCCAGCAAAGCAGUGGCCGCCCGGGCGGCGGGAUCCACUGUCCGGCAAAGAAAAAAUGCCAGCUGUGGAACAAGGAGUGCAGGCCGCACGACCUCGGCAGGCACCGGGGGCAUGUGGCGAUUCUACACAGAAGAUUCACCUGGGCUCAAAGUUGGCCCCGUUCCAGUAUUGGUUAUGAGUCUUCUGUUCAUCGCUUCUGUAUUUAUGUUGCACAUUUGGGGCAAGUACACUCGUUCAUAGAUUCAGUUACAUCCAUCUGUCAUUUGAAGAAGAAGGAAAAAACCCAACAUAUCUUGGACCAAAAGUAUAGUGAUUUUCUGUUCAUGAGAAGGAAAUUUUCUGUAAGCUUGCUGUUUACAGGGGACUUAAGAAGAAUUGAUUUUGAGGAAUCAGUUUUUUUCUAUGGCCAAUAAACUUUUUAAUUAAUUUAUA